CUUAUGUUUAUUAAAGCUAUACAUUCAACAGAAUAAGAAGUUGGUCGUAAUGUUAGAAGGUAAGAUUCAUCAUUAUGAUAACUUUAGUUCAAAAAAGAAGUAUCUAUGGAAGUUCUCUGUAGAUAAUGUUGAUCAAGAAAUUGCUCUUUUUGUUUCAUCACUUUCAGGUAAGAAAGAAGUUAGACAUAAUGGAAGAACUAUUCAUUAAGAAUCUAGGUAAAAUUGUUUCCUUUUCAUUAAUUUUUAGUUUAUUUGGAGAUUUUCGAUACCUACAUUACAUUUAAAAAUGCCUUGUAACUAUUGCUCCAAGAUUUAGUUCAUAUGAACUUUAUUUAGAUAAUAUUCCUUUUGCAGAAUAUUUUAAUACUCGGAACAAUAAUCAAAGUAAAAAUCCUUAAGAUCACCCUUUAAACAAUAAUGAUCAUGAUGGCUAUGAUCUCAGUCCUCUUAAAGAUCCUGAACCACCAAAAAAAAUAUCAUAAGAACAAUUAUAGAAACUUAAAAUAAAUUUACCAAAAGAACAAACAACUAAUCUUUAAAACAAAACUGAAAAUAAAUAAUAAGAAAUCUGGUGGAAAUAAGGAGUUAAUGAAGACUUUGCAAAUUUUGGUACACCAUCUACAAAUGGAACAGAUAAUUAUUUUGGCAACUUUGGAUUCACAUUUGAAACACCUUAAAAAGAACCCAAAUCCAAUAUAUAAUAAAAUACACAAUUAAAUCAUCAUAAUUAAAAUGAUAAACCUAAUCCUUUUUUAGAAUUUGGAUAAAAUUCAUGGAACUCACAACCAUAACCGUAAAAUAACUCCAAUUUCAGUUCCAAUUAAUAGCAAUCUCAAAUUAAGCAUUUAUAAUCACCUUAAUUGUAGCCAGAUUAAAGACUUCAAAUUAGAGAAGAGUAAAAUUUUAAUAGUAUGAAUACGCCAUAAAUAUUAAGUUAAUAAAAUCAAAAUCUAUUAUUUAAUUAAUAUAAUUUUAAUCAAUUAUAAUAACAAUAACAAUAACAAUAAUAACAAUAAUAACAAUAAUAAUAAUAAUAACAAUAACAAUAAUAACAAUAACAACAAUAACAAUAACAAUAAUAAUAAUAAUAAUAUCAAUAACAAUAAUUAUAAUAAUAACAGUAAUUUUAAAUAUAAUAACAAUUCUUAUAAUAACAUAAUUAAUUUCAAUAAUAAUAACAAUGCUAUUAAUAAUAAUAAUAACAAUAGAUAUUUAAUUUUUAAACUAUACAGCCUUUAACAUAAUAAAAAAAGUAAUAAUAAACUGAUUUAUUGGAUCUUUUUGAAUCUAAUUAACCUUAAUAAAAUUAAGCCUUCAGUUCACCUUAAUAAUAAGAAAUUAAAAAAAGUCAUUCUUAAGCAUCCUUAAUGCCUCUUUAAGGUUAAUCUUUUACAUCAAAUCAAUUUCCAGCAUAAUAAAGUUAAAUUUAAAACAAUUAAUUCCCAAACCCAUUAAAUUAUUAGUCUUAAUCCUAAUAUUCUAAUUAAAUAUAACCCUUAUAUAGGACUACAUAAUCAUUAACACCUUUGACAUCUUCAUAUUAAUAGACAAAUAGACAGAUGCCAAAAGAUUUAGAAGAUAUGUUUGAUCAACCUGUUUAAAACACAUAUCCUAUAAUAUAAAAGAGAUCAACUCCUUUUGACGAUGAUCUAUUUGCAUGAAUUAUAUGAUUAAUAAUGGAC